GGGGGGAACCGGGCCAGGCCCCGCAGCCCGGAACUCAAGGGCGGGUCAGUGUUCCCCGCCGGGCCGGUGCAGCGCUGCGCGGACCCGCCAUAGAGAGGAAGGUUAACGCGGCCCGGUUCGGGUUGGGCUCCUCAGGCCCGGUUCGGGUCCGGUCCCUUAGCCCCGCAUGGCGAAGCAGAAACCCCCAGAACCCCCGGCACCCGGCGCUGCGGCCCCCGGGAAGGGCAAGAGGAAGAGGAGGAGGAGGAAGGUCCGGAACGGGGAAGAGGCGGCGGUGGGGAAAGGCCCCGGCAUGGCGGCGGCUGCGCCUCCCCGAACCCCCGGGGAGAUCUCCUGCAACUGGAGAGCGCUGCAGGAGCUACUGAAACAAAAGGCAAAAAGCUCCAACGACUCCCUCUCCAGGUGCCAAGCACACAGCAAAAAGAAGAAUCCACUGAAAGCAGGAGAUGGGCAGGAGGUCCCAGCCAUCCAAGGGAAGGGGAAGGGGAAGGUGGUAAAGGCCAAAUCCAGCCAGAAAAUGGACAAUGGUUCUUCUAAAGACAAUCCUGCUCUGCCAAAAUCCAAGAAGGCUGCAAGAGAGAAGACUUUAAAUAGCAGCAAAAGCAAUGGAAAAGGCUGCCAAGAGAAAAAGAAAAAUGGGAAUGUUUUAGAGAAUGGUGAUGUGAAACAUAAGAGGAGGAAAACUGAAGAACAUGUGGAGCAGCAACCCAAAGAGGCUGAGAUCUGGUUUGAUGAUGUUGACCCAAAAGACAUUGAAGCAGCAAUAGGACCUGAAGCAGCAAAAAUUGCUAGAAGAAAGAUGGGACUUGAAACAGAGGAAUCCAAGAAGUCUGUGGAGCAGGUGCUGGUUAAAGAAAAAGCUUCUGAAGGGCUGACAAGAGCCAUAGCCAUGGACUGUGAGAUGGUGGGAGUGGGAGCCAAGGGUGAAGACAGCAUCCUGGCUCGUGUGUCCAUUGUCAACCAGUUUGGGAAGUGCAUUUAUGACAAAUAUGUCAAACCCACAGAGGAGGUGACAGAUUACAGAACAGCUGUCAGUGGCAUACGCCCUGAGAAUAUAAAUACAGGUGAAGAUUUUACAACAGUUCAGAAGGAGGUUGCCAACAUCUUGAAGGGAAGGAUUUUAGUUGGCCAUGCUCUACGCAAUGACCUGAAGGUCCUGCUUCUGGAUCAUCCUAAGAAGCAAAUACGUGACACACAAAAAUACAAACCCUUCAGAGAGAGAGUCAAGAGUGGGAGGCCCUCCCUGAAGCUGCUCUGUGAGAGGCUGCUGCAUGUCCAGGUGCAGACAUCAGAGCACUGCUCAAUUCAGGAUGCACAGGCAGCUAUGAGACUGUACACCCUAGAGAAAAAGAGAUGGGAAGCUGCUCUGAAGAACAAAUCUAACAACAAGAAGUGUAAAACGUGAAGAAUUCUGUCUCCUCUGGUCUUAUCUGCAGCAUUUGCUACCUUCAUGUCACAUUCCAGGGCAGAUUUAGAGAGAACUCAGAACUGACAGCAGCUACUUCAUAACAUCCAGAAUACUGCUGGUGUCCUCUUCCUGGAUAAUCCCUCUGUCUGAUGCCUCCUGCUGGGCUUUAACAAUACUUGUAAGAAUGCCUGCAUUUGUGAAGGGUUUCCAUCAGUUUGAUUUCUGCAAAGGAACAUACACCAAGUUAAAAAAAUGUUUCUAAAUUGCAAUAGAUGAAGGAAGAUGCUGUCAUUGCUUUGUGGAAACUUCCAAGACUGAAAUCUUUAUUUCAGAUAUUUUAAAGUCUACAGAGUAAGCUGACUUCUUAAUUAUUGCUGUUAGUUUCACAGUUCUACUUCAGUCAACGUAAUAAAUUAACUUUAUGUAUUGUUAAUGGCUCAAAAUGAAUCUUUCUGGUGAGAAAAACCUCUUAAACUGUAUCUGGAGGAUCCAGGCUUUUAUAUCUGAACCAGAAGUGUAAAUGUCUUGUUCUUAUAUGAAAAGUUUUUCUUCUUGUUCCAGUUUCAGAAGUGCUGCAUCCACAAGGGUCAUUAUCUCCUGGAGAGAAAUGUGAGAAUUGUCAAAUACAAGAUGAAUUUGUGGCUUCACUUAUUUUUAUAUUCAUUUAUUAAUAAAAACUGUGUCUAACA